AUGUCCCCGGUGCCCGGGAUCGCCUUUGGGUGCCCGGACCCCUUCGCUCUGCGGAUCCGCUGCCAGCCCGAGGAGGAGGAGGAGGAUCCCCGGAAAAGGUCGGGACCACCCUCGGGAAAGAUUGGGGACCCCCGGGAAAGGCUGGGACCCCUGGAAAGGGCUGGGAACCCCUCGGGAAAGAUUGGGGACCCCCGGGAAGGGCUGGGGGACCUCGGGAAGGGUCGGGACCCCCCUGGGAAGGGCUGGGACCCCCAUCCCCGGAAAAGGUCGGGACCACCCUCGGGAAAGAUUGGGGACCCCCGGGAAAGGCUGGGACCCCUGGAAAGGGCUGGGAACCCCUCGGGAAAGAUUGGGGACCCCCGGGAAGGGCUGGGGGACCUCGGGAAGGGUCGGGACCCCCCUGGGAAGGGCUGGGACCCCCAUCCCCGGAAAAGGUCGGGACCACCCUCGGGAAAGAUUGGGGACCCCCGGGAAAGGCUGGGACCCCUGGAAAGGGCUGGGAUCCCCUCGGGAAAGAUCGGGGACCCCCGGGAAGGGUUUGAACCCCCCUUGGGAAUGGCUGGGACCCCCCAGGAAGAGCUGGCGACCCCCGGAAAGGGUCGGGAGCCCCCCGGGAAGGGCUGGGCUGAGCCGGGACCCCCCGAAAUUGGGGGGGGCCCCCCCCUGACUCCCCCUCUUCCCCCCGCAGUGGACGCAGGGCACAGAGCUGUGAUCUUUGACCGCUUCCGAGGGGUGCAGGACGUGGUGGUGGGGGAAGGGACCCAUUUCCUGAUCCCCUGGGUGCAGAAACCCAUCAUCUUCGACUGCCGCUCGCGGCCCCGCAACGUCCCCGUCAUCACCGGCAGCAAAGACCUGCAGAACGUGAACAUCACGCUGCGGAUCCUGUUCCGGCCGGUGACGGCGCAGCUGCCGCGCAUCUUCACCAGCAUCGGCGAGGACUACGACGAGCGCGUGCUGCCCUCCAUCACCACCGAGAUCCUCAAGUCCGUGGUGGCGCGCUUUGACGCGGGCGAGCUGAUCACGCAGCGCGAGUUGGUGUCCAGGCAGGUCAGCGAGGACCUGACCGAGCGAGCGGCCACCUUCGGCCUCAUCCUGGACGACGUGUCCCUGACCCACCUGACGUUCGGCAAGGAGUUCACGGAGGCGGUGGAGAUGAAGCAGGUGGCGCAGCAGGAGGCGGAGCGCGCCCGCUUCAUCGUGGAGAAGGCAGAGCAGCAGAAGAAGGCAGCGGUGAUCUCGGCCGAGGGCGACUCCAAGGCGGCGGAGCUGAUCGCCAACUCGCUGGCCACGGCGGGCGACGGGCUGAUCGAGCUGCGCAAGCUGGAGGCGGCCGAGGACAUCGCCUACCAACUGUCGCGCUCCCGCAACAUCACCUACCUGCCCUCGGGCCAGUCCGUGCUGCUGCAGCUGCCCCAGUGACACGGCAGCGCAGGGACGGGGAAACAG